GGCAAAGGCAAGGAAACAGGCGCGGCCACCAGCCGAGGCUUCGUCAGCGUGUCCACCGUCGACGGGAACCAAGGGGAUGAGGCCAACCUGGUUAUCCUCUGCACCACCCGCGCGAACUCCACAGGACACUGGGGCUUCGUGCACGACCCGCACCGCCUCAACGUCGCUCUCACUCGGGCGCAGGACGGAGUCGCUGGCGUGCUAAAGGCGAAGAUGGCGAACGCAGCGACCGAAUCUCACAUGCACACCCUCGCGGAGUGGGGAGGCACCGCUGGCUUCUGGACCAGCUUCGACGACCCCGGGCAAACGAGAA